GUGCUUUUGCAAUGUCCGGGGCCUCAACUCAUAAAACCCACGCGCACCCUCUGCGAGUCGUUCGAUCUUUUCUCGAUGCGGCGAUGAGCGACGACGGCGGGCGUCCAUCUCAAGCGGCGGGAUCGCCGGACUCGCAGCACGACUCGAAGCGAUUCCUCGACCCUCCCUUGGAUUCCUCGAAGCCGUCGAAGCUUUCGAGAUCUAUAACGGAAGGCGAGGCGGGUGCAGAGGAGGCGAAAGAUCGGGUAGAAGAGGGGCGCGAGAUCAUGAGCCAAAACUCUAGAAUCCAGAGGUAUUUGGUGGCGGUAGAGUACAUUGGGACCCGGUUCUCGGGAUCCCAGAAGCAGCCCACCUGCAGGACCGUCGUCGGCGUUCUUGAGGAGGCUUUUCAUAAAUUUGUUGGACAGCCUGUUUCUAUCUUCUGCUCUAGUAGAACAGAUGCAGGAGUACAUGCUUUAUCAAAUGUAUGCCAUGUUGACGUGGAGCGCAUAAGUAAAAGAAAGCCUGGUGAAGUGUUGCCACCUCAUGAACCUGGAGUUGUUAGACGUGCUGUGAACCAUUUCUUACAGAAGAAUGAAGGUGAUAUAAUGGUGAUUGAUGUUCGAUGUGUCCCAGCAAAUUUUCAUGCUAGAUUCAAGGCCCUAGAGCGCACGUACCACUACCGCAUACUCUAUGGGCCAGAGCCCUUAUCAACCUUUGACAAAGAGCGUGCCUGGCACGUUUCAGAGGAGCUAGAUAUACCUGCUAUGAAGAAAGCAUGCAGCAUACUUGUUGGUUGUCAUGAUUUCAGUUCAUUUAGGGCUGCUGGCUGCCAGGCAAACUCUCCUAUUAGAACCCUAGAUGAACUUAAUGUUACUGAAGUUUUUCCAUCUCUUUACUUCCCAUCAAUUUCGGAGAGAACAGAGAUGGAAUCCUUGAAUGGGCAUCAUUCUAAUACAUCAGAACUGGAAUCAUUCACAGAAUGUUCUAAUGUCUCUCAUAUGAGUGUCGGGAAGUGCAAUGCUGAAACUGGUCAAGAGUUUGGCCAAAGAUCAAGGCAUCGUUGCUAUGUUAUAACAGCACGAGCACGCUCUUUUCUCUACCACCAGGUCAGACUAAUGGUUGGUGCCCUAAAAUCUGUUGGGACUGGAGACUUAACAUUUAGUGAUGUCGAAAGAAUUCUGAAUGCAAAGACGAUCACUGCUGCAAGUCCUAUGGCUCCUGCUUGUGGUCUCUACCUUGGCAAUGUGAAAUAUGAUUUUCAUGAAUUUUCUUAGAUGAAAUUAUUCUAUCGGACACUGUAAUUGGAGUUGCUGCAAAGUUCAAUAUGCCUUACUGUACAAGUCUAAGGUGGAUAUGCACUACAGAAUCGGGGCUUUUCUUCUGGAAUGAUGGUGAUUCCCUUCGCCUCAAGUUAUUUAAAGCAGGUACUUAGUUUUCCUCCAUUAUUCUGGAUGCUUCUUGGUGGGUCAUCAAAUGGCAACCAAUGCAUGCCACGGCGCUGCUUAAGCUUGCAAUCAACUGCUCAAAGUGGUGUAGAAUCCAUGUACACUGAAUCGCAAAUGAUCAUUUGCUAGGCUUUCGUAAUGAGAGUCAGCAUGAAGCCGAAUCCAUGUGUGCUUGUGGAAUUCUUGGAGUACAUCUCAAGUAGCAUCUCAAGUAGCACUGCGCCUAACUAGAAGAUGCUCUCUGUUCCCUACAUAAUUUAUGACCAUGAGUAUAUUCUCUUCAAUAGAAAUUUGAAGGUAUGCAUACCUCAACGAAAAUAAACAAUUUCAUAUUAACUAUAAAAUAGAACAAGAAGUUAUAAGUCCUACUCCUUAUGCAUGACUGCAGGACAGAACUAUUGUCAGAUUGUUUUGCCCAUGCUUUUAAGUCUCGGCUACUAUUUUGGAUUCUUAUCCAUCUAAGUAGGAAUUUGUUCA